AUGGCGUCCUGCGCGGCGCGACACGUGGCUGCUGUUACGACCUACUGUCGCAACUCUUCGCUGCGCGACAGCGACGCCGACGAUUCGCUGGAGGCAAUCCUCGAGGCGGCUUUUUCCGCUGCUGUCGCCGUUAGCAGCGACGCCACACGUGACUCCGCCGCCGCCGCCGCAAAAACCGCCGCAGAAGCCGCCGCUUGUAAGGCCCCCGUCGUCCUAGUUCGCGCGGGAACGUUGGCGGCGCGACGGAAACUGAAAUGCGGCUCGCUGCGCCUUGAUGUGUCCCUUAAAGUUGACGAUCUCGGCGGCGCCGCCGUUGAUGUAGGCGUCGCUGAUUUGGACGGUCGCCGCGGCAUUGGCGGCGCGAAUGACGGCGAUAAUGACGAUCACUUCUCCUUCGAGACGCCGCCGCAGGCGAUGUUACCGGCGGCCAGCCGGGCUGUGGCGACAGCGACGUCGCCCACUGUCGCAUGGUCGUCGCGCGGGCGACAGUUCCGCAAGUCGUCCUCCGCGUCCUCCGCUCCCCUCUCGGUCGCCGACGGAAGCGCCACGAAUGCGAACGACGCCGCCUCGCAGGCAGACUUCUCAGCAGCAGCAGCAGCAGCAGCAGAAUCGCCGCAUUUUGCUGCGGCGGUGUUUCCGCGAGCUGCGUCCGCUCGCGCCGCGUAUGACAAGCCGCCGCGCAGCCCACUGCCACAUUCAGUCACGCUCCUCCCUACCUCCCCUCCGCUCGGCGCGCAGCUGCUCUCGCCGGACGCGGCGGUUCGUCACGCGGACGGUGCACAAUGCGCCGUCUCGAACAAGCCGCAGCGCCGCAAGCGGCGUGGUCAUCAUCAUCACCACCAUCACCCAGCGGAGCCAUACGCAGCUGCGCGGCAGCUCGCAGCGCCGCACGCAGCAGCGCGGCGGCUGGCGGAGCUGGCACGGGGGGGGCUGCUCUCCCCUGUUACUCCCUCUACCACUUUCUUUUCCCUGGCGCGCGGCUUUGGUGCCCCCAGGGGCUCUACUGCUCCCUCCACUCCGACUGGAAGUUCAAAAGUCGCCGGCCAAUCAGGUGAUUCGAAAGGGGAUUCCGACGCUCUCAUCGCUGGUCCGCGGCGGGUGACUGGUUCCGGUGACGAAAUCGCAGAAGGCGGCCUGGGCACGGAUGGCGGGAAAGCGGGAAAAGGUGACAAUUCCCAUAACGAGGAUGACAGUAACGAAGCCGCUAACUGGGAGAAGCUUUUUGAGGAAAAGCCUCGUACCGCAGGCAGUAAUAGCGGCCAUCUAACAGCUGCUGCAGCAGCGGCCGCUGCUGACGACGACGAUUCCGAUGCUGACGUGGACGCCGCGGAUGACGCGGGGCAUGAGAGCGCGACUCCCGCGAAGCUUCCUGUCCGUUUCCUCCCGCUGACGCACGACAUGGGGGACGAGGAGCUCUUCUGGCGCGCAUCCAUGGUCCCCCUGCGCCGCCGCAGCCGCGCGCGCGGGAAAGCGGAAGCGGAAGGCGGCGGAGGCGCGGGCGCUGGAAGUAGGCGCAAAAUAGGCCCUGCGAAAGUGGCGCUACUGUUUUACAGCGCGGGAACGAUGCCUUUUGCGCCGCUGUGGGCUAGAUGGUUAGAGGGGCAUGAGGACAGAGUGUCAGUGUACAUUUUGACCGACGAGACGAAAAUAGACAAGUCGUUGCUUCCCCCUAUUUUCCGGGGUAGAUUCGUGCCAAAUAGGUCCCCUGACGAGCCCGCGUCAGCCGAUUCGAAGACUGUUCACAUGAGCACAGUAGAUGGCAUGCGUCGUCUGCUAGCGAACGCGCUUUUGGAUUUUGCUAACGAGCGGUUUGUGACUAUAUGCGAGCUGUGCAUCCCGAUUCAUAACUUCACAUUCGUUUACUCGUACCUCAUCUCCCCUCAUCACUCCGUCGGCCUCCCCUCUCCCUCCGCCUUGUUUCAACCCAAGUCCCUGACCUCCUCCUCCGGGUUACAUCUCGCCGGUACGGUUCCAUCUGCGCCGCGUAGUUACAUCCCGUCGAACGACGUGUCAGGGGAAGGCGGGAGGGAUCGUUUCAACCCCAACUGUUUUGAGCCGAUGUUGAGUGUGGAGCAGUGGAGGAAGGGAGGACAGUGGAUUGGACUCACACGAAGGCUUGCCGUGCAGGUAAUAUCAGACAGCAAGUUUUACGACAAGUUUGCGGCCUGCUGUGUGCCGGUGAAGGGGGUCUUCCCGGCCUGCUUCCCCUCAGAGCACUACCUCCCCUCCAUCAUCCCCAUCCUCGUCGACCUCCCCCCUGUGGGGGACUUUGGGCCUUUUGUGGACGAGCUGUGGGCGGGUAUAGGGGACGGGGGAGGGAUGGGGGGAGGGGGGAGGCGGAGUGGGUGGGGGGAGGCGGCGGGGGGAGGGGGCGUGGGGCUGCGGGGGAGUGGGGAGGAUCUGGCGAAUUGGAGUCUGGUGUUUGAGGAUUGGUGGACUCAGCCUAACUCGGGGCAUCCUUAUGUGUACAAUGCUACUGAGCUCACCCCGGAUCUCGUCUCUCUCAUGCGCCACUGCCACUUCGGCAACCUCUGCCAUCUCUUUGCCGGCCAUUUCCACCCCUCGGCCCUCCCCCAAGCGCUCUCUCUAGGGCCCAAGCUUGGCCUAUGGGAGGCGAGGAGCGACGAGAGACGAUGA